AGGAUUUCUGGAUGCCUAAAGGCUUGGAGGCGUGUUGAGAUAUUUCUCCUUCCAGAUCAAGACCGACAAGGUCUAUUUCCAUCCGUUCUAAUAAAGCGCUUUGCUAGACGUGCGUAAAAUGCGACUUACUACUAUUCUCCACAUGGCGUUCGCCUCCCUUGGAGUGGCAGUGGCAGAGCCCGCUAUUGCGAUUGGAGAAACAUCGAUUUUAUUCACUGUCACGGAUCAGGCCCAAUACGACCAAGUGACGAAAGACGUACUGCAAGCCAUGUCAUCCUACCAGGCGUCCAUCACAGCCCAACCUGCCUGGAGCUCUGCUUACUCGCAGCUGGUCGAGUUUCAAAAGACGCACAAAGGCGUGCCCGCCGCCCUUACAGAUCUGAGCACUGUCGUCCAAUAUACAGCAACUCCGAGUUGGUACACAGCCAUGCCUAGCGAUCUACAACAAUACCUCAAAAAAGAAGAUGAAGCUAGGUUGGAGUUCCUCGAAGACACCGUCGAGGACGCGAUGAAGGGCAGCGCGGCGAGACCAAUUGACAUAGGCGUUUAUGUCCACGGCGCAGUAGCUACCUUGAUUGCUAUUAUAGCGAUUGCGUUGUAGGCGGCUAAACAUAGUGAUGUUAUUCAUGAUGUCCAGAUUCGACCGGUGGCGUGUGAAAUUAUCGAUACCCUGGUUCAGCAUUUUGGUGUAAUGUAAUACCGGAUUUCUUGUGAAAUCAGACAUUUGCAUUAGGGUUAGGGUUGAGAGGAAACAGCACUUGCGGAAUUAUUCGAGCUGAAUAAUUAGUGCGCUGUUAGUAUGUUGUGUCGGUCAUGGGUCCAAAUAUUUAUCCUUUUCGGUCGCUUAGUGAUGGCUGAUUCGCCAAUGGACAACUGAAACCCAUGGUGUGUCUCUCUUAGAGUUUUUGGCGUGGUUCCGGAAAAGAGGCGUUUCGAGUCUUACAAAUGAAG